UCAGGCACCAGGUAACUCCGGCUCCCACUGGAGACAAAAUACGACGAGCCUAAAAAAAAACCACAUCUCCAGGACUGUCUAAUUAUUUUUCUUGGACAAAUGAGACAAACGUUGAUUUUCUUUUUCCUGAAAUGGGGAUAAAUGGCUCAAAACUUAACCACAAGGUGAGAAAGGUGACGCCGCUGGAAAAUAAAGCUGCUUUUGUCUCGCCAGCUGAAAUCUCUGGAUAUAAUGGCUCAGACAGCUUGGCUUCUUAUGGAAGAAUGGAACAGAGUAACCUGAUAUGUGAGCGACAACUUCCUCCAUUAAGAGAAACUCUGUAUGGACGAGGCUUAAUAGUCCCCAGUCCCCUUUCUUUUGACAUCCCUCUGGACAAUGGAGCUACAACGAGUAUUAUAAAGAGACAUCCCCCUCGAAGACUUCAAAAACUUGAGCCUGUGUUACUGCCAACCUUAAUGUCUGCCGAGCGAAUCAUCAAGAAGCAAGAGCAAACUACUGGAAAGGAGAUGGAGAGAAGAACACAGGCAACCAAGAAUGCAGCAACAAGGAGACAGAAUCUGCAUAAAAUGCAAUGGCAAGAAAUCAAUCGUAAACGGGAAGAGCUUAAUCAUUCGCAGUCACAGGCUGAACUAAAGAGAAGCCUCCACAGAGAGGCAAAAAUCAAUAAACAGAAAAUGAGAGAAAACAAAACCAAGAUCUUCAGAGAAAACAGCCGGAGAUGUAAUGAAGAUGAAGAUUUCCCCGAUGUGGCACAUGACUUUAAUGGGAACCAUGGGAACGUAUGGCACUGGAACACAUCCAGCCCUAGGAGCACAAGACCUUUCCCAAUGCAGGCAAAAGGAAAACUAGAGAUGUGGUUUGAUGACUAUCAAAGUGGCAAAGAGACGUACAGUGACAGCUCGAGUACCGAUUCACUGGACAGCUGGAUCCAACAGGACAGGAGGUGUCACCGGCGACCUGCGUUGAUAAGAACCAAGGCGGAAAAAAUCCCAACAUUUGAUGAAUUCUUUGAUCGGGAAUUCUAAGUUUAACUACACCAGCUCAGUGCUUGCCUUAUAGGCAUGAAUACUUGCCUUAUCAGCUGUGGAUUAAACUCAC